GCCACUGCUCUGAGCUCAUUUCGCCGGUGAAAAGGGCUAGCAACGCGGGUGCCAUUUGGCGCAGUUUGAGAUUACAUCCGCUUACAAAAGCGCCCGUGAAUUAUUUGUUGUCGUAACUCUUGUUUUUUUAUUUAAUUUAAAGUAUUCCAUAAUACACCGUCAACAUGAGUUCGAUUAACGUGAAGAAGCUGAAAGUAAACGAGCUGAAGGACGAGCUGAAGAAGCGUCAGCUGUCGGACAAGGGCCUCAAGGCCGAGCUCAUGGACCGCCUGCAGGCCGCGCUGGAUGAGGAGGCCCUGGCCGGGGACGAACCCGCGCCCACAGACGAGGGCUUCGCCCAGGCCACUGACCAAGAAGGCAUGGGGGAAGAAGAGGCCGGUGACGGUGAGGCAGAAAGCCUUGUCGAAGAAAGCAUGGAGGCCAACGAGGCCGAGGGAGAAGAAGAGCAAGCCGAGGCAGAAGAAGAAGUCGAAGAAGCGGCAAAUGGAGAUGGCGCUGAGGGCGCCGCCGUUGCUGCCGAGGACGACGAAAUGGGCGAGGGCGAAGAGGAAGACGAGGAGGAGGAGAUGGACCCCAUGCUCAAGGCUGAUGUGGACGACAUGGAGAAAAUCGACGCAGAGGACGGUGAGCCCGGAGACCAGGCUGCUGAGGGGGAUGCGGACAAAGACACGAAUGCUGAUCAGAAGAAUAAGAAGGGUGUUAAGAGACGCCGGGAGGAACAUGGAAGGGGAUACUUUGAAUUUAUUGAAGAGAACAAAUACAGCUGGGCUUCGUUCAAAUCCCCUGUGCCACCACUGGAAGAAGAGGACGAAGAGUUUGAUGACACUAAAGUCUGCCUGGAUACUUACAACUGCGACCUGCACUUCAAGGUGUCCCGGGACCGCUACAGCGCCUCGUCCCUCACCAUGGAGAGCUUUGCCUACCUGUGGUCUGGUGGACGUGCCAGCUACGGCCUGAACUCUGGGAAGGUCUGCUUUGAGAUGAAGAUUACAGAGAAGAUCCCAGUGAAGCACAUCUCCAGUAAGAACAUGGAGAUCCAUGACGUCCAGGUUGGCUGGUCCCUGGCCACUGGUAGUCUGCUGCUGGGCGAGGAGGAGCAUUCCUACGCCUACUCUGGGAAGGCCAAGAAGACGGUGAACUGCGUCACAGAGGACUUUGGAGAAACCUACGAAGAGAACGACGUCGUCUGCUGCCUCAUUGACUUCGAAGCAGACGAGGUGGAGAUGUCGUUCUCCAAGAACGGCGGUGAGGCGGCGGUGGCCUUCCGGGUCCCCAAGGACACGCUGGCCGGCCAGGCGCUCUUCCCCCACGUCAUCUGCCACAACUGCGCCGUGGAGUUCAACUUCGGCCAGCUGGACGAGCCCUACUUCCCCAGGGUGGAGGGCUACACCUUCCUGCAGCAGGUUCCCCUCGAGGAGCGCACCCGCGGCCCCAAGGGGCCCGACACCAAGGCCGACUGCGAGAUGAUCGUGAUGGUUGGGCUGCCCGGCUCAGGGAAGACCACAUGGGUCAAGAACCACGUGCAGGAGAGCCCUGGAAAAUACUACAUCCUGGGCAGUGACACCAUUGUGGACAAGAUGAUGAUCAACAGUCUGAAGAGGCAGUCCAAGGACACCACCAAGCUGACGGCCAUCUCCCAGCGUGCUCCCCUCUUCCUGGGGAAGUUCAUUGAGAUCGCCGCUCGUAAGAAGAGGAACUAUAUCCUGGACCACACCAACCUGUCUGCCCCGGGCCAGAAGAGGAAGAUGUGUCUGUUCGCUGGCUUCCAGCGCAAGGCGGUGGUGGUAUGCCCUUCAGACGAGGAGUACAAGCAGAGGGCCCAGAAGAAGGCGGAGAGUGACGGCAAGGAGGUUCCCGAGCACGCCCUGCUCAAGAUGAAAGGGUUCUUCUCCCUGCCCGAGGAGGGCGAGAGCUUCUGCGGGGUGACGUUCGGCGAGCUGGAGAAGGAGGAGGCGGCCAAGCUGCUGGAGCAGUACCGCGAGGAGAGCAAGACGGCGCUGCCCGCUGAGAAGAGGCCCAACCAGGGGGGCAUGCCCCCCAAGAGGGGCGGCGGUGGCCUGCGCGGCGGCACGCGGGGGAACAAGAACCAGUUCAGCCGCGGCGGCGGCGGCCCCGGGCAGCGCGGGGGCCCCGGUCAGCGGGGCCGCGGGAGCUUCCAGAACAGAGGCAACUUCAGAGGAGCACCCGGCCCCCGGGGCGGCUUCAACCGGCCCCCACGUGGGUUCCUGCCCCCUCCAGCCUUCCGGGGAGGGUACCCCAACCGGGGCAACUACAACCGUGGCGGCGGCGGAGGCGGGCUCAUGCCCAGCCUGGGCGGCUCUCCAAGGGGAGGUCCCAUGAGGGGCGGCAGCUUGGGCCCCCGGGGCGGGUCCAUGAACAGGGGCGGCCCGAUGAACCGGGGGGGCAACAUGGGCCGAGGGGGCGGCGGCAACAGUAGCCGCGGCGGCGGUGGAAGCCGUGGAAACUUCGGACAGUUCCAGCAGAGGGGCGGCGGCGGCGGUGGCAGCGGCGGUAACCGUGGUAACUUCGGCAACAAGAACGGUGGCGGCAACUUUGGCGGGAACAACAGGAAUAGCGGGAACUUUGGUGGAAACAACAGGAACGGAAGCUUUGGCAUGGACAAGGCCCAGGCCUUCAACCAGAGCUGGCAGCAAGGGUUCUGGAACCAGAAGCCAUGGAGUCAGCAGUACCAGCCCGGCUACUACUGAGAGACUGUGUUCUAGAGCACUGGUGGCCCGGCGGACCAACCACUAGCCACGGAACAUCCACAAGCUCUUUUUGUUUUUGUUUUUUUCCCGUUCAAUUUUUCUUUACUAGAACCCACAUUUUAAAAGCCCCACCAACCAACUGACUGCAAUGACUUAAACAAUCCGGAGCGACAACAUUCCACAUCAGAACAGGGGUAGGGCAGGGGGAGAUGGAGGAGAAUAUAAAGGCCUCUGUGGGGGCUGCAAUGUUAUCUACUGUACACCAUUGUUUCAACGCGUCCUCUAUCCACAUCCGUUUUUAUUUCAUUUUUUAUUUCUGUUGUAAAUUUUUAUAACUAUAGUUUUCCCGCAACUUUUAAAAAAGCAUGUUUUUAAAUAGAAGAAACCUACGUGAUAAGAUCUCUCCUGCUAAAGAUCAAGGGUCUGAAAGUUAGCUGGAAAUGCAGAUGUUAGGAAUGUUUUUGGUUUUUUUGUCUUCGGAUUGAUGCAUUUUAUCAUUGCCGUUUUUUGUUAAAUUUGGAUUUCUCCUUUUUUAUAUUUAGGAUUGUAAAUAUAUUGUUUUUUUUGUUGUUGCUUGAUUUAGUUUGUGAGAACUUAAUGAAACACGGUAUUGAAUAGAGUCCUUUGCUCCCCAACAGGGAGCUCGGUAGCUAAGCUAAGUGUUAGUUUGUUUAUGUUUAGACCACUGUCAUCAAACAAUACUACCCACACGCCUGGUGACUUUAAGACAGUUAUUCGGCUCCAUUUUGUGUCCUUUUUGUUUCCACUUCCAAGCCUGUGAUCUAAAAAUCCAUAGACUUGCAAUAAAAAGACCCGUUUGCUUUUUUUAACAAACCCUCUUUGGCUUGUGGCUUUUGAUUGCGUUCAAGGUGGGUUAAAACGGGCCCUUGAACUAGCGCCCCCCGAUUGGCUAUAGUUCAAACUAUGAGGACAUGGGUCUCACCUGGAGGCAGCAGCGUCUGAGGGGCGCAGUCUCCUAGGCAACCCCUACACACUUCAAUUUGGCAUUAGCCAUUGUAAUGCACAUGGCUCUAUGCCCAGCCAGGUUUCGUAUUUAAUUGUAACGCUAAGGCCUUACAUGGCAUAGUUGAAUAAUUUUGAAUUAUCUAAAAUCUUUUUUAAAUAAUAUCCAGGUGUACAGUGAGGAAAUUAGUUUUAACCUAAUUUAUUGAGUUUUUUUCCAUAGAGGGCUGUUGAAAAACAUUGAAUCAUUGAUAAGUGAGUAAAAUUGUCCAGAAAUAUAAAAAACGUGUUUCGUGCAUGAGGUCUGUCCGUUAUAGUCUUCACAUUUUUUUGUAUAAACUCCAAUUCUGAUGAUUGACAUGGUAUCUUUUGUUUGUAAAUAUUUCAGCUUCAGCAGUAAGAAUCUUUUGACGGCUUUCAUUGACACCAGCAGAUAAAACAAGGGCUACACAACAUCGCAACAUGUUCACCAUUAAAACACCUCUGUCCCAACUGACAAAUUAGAAGCACAGCCUAUUCCCAAACUAUUGAGGAAGAACAGUUGAAUGUUGUGGAGCAAAGUCGACAUCCCUAUUGGAACAGUUUUUGGGGGAGGCAAUCACCAAUAGCCGCCUCAUUGUUGGAACAAGUAAACUACAAUAAACUCAACUUUCCUGUUGAGAGGUUGCCUACAGUGUUAAUGAAGACCAAAAUUGGAAAUUGUUUUUUUGUUUUAAUACUGUUGAUAUUUAUUAACACGUGUACAUAGGUCACCACUUUUUGAACCAUGCAUGAAUGUUACAUUAACUGAUAUCAGCCGAUAAUUUAAUGUGAUUAUAAUUAAAAAGUAUAUUCGUUUAUACAAUUAUUGUAACCAAAUGUCAACGUAUUACGAAUAAAUUCUACCAUCUCCCUUGUAAAUAUAGUGGGUACUUGCUGCAGCUAAGUUAACCGUUUUACAGUAUAUAUGAUAGCAAAUAUAUAUUCUUUAUGUUGCUACACAAAAUAUGUGCUCAUCAAAAUAUCUAGUAUUUAAGAUAUGUUUUUAUGUGUAGGCUUAUUUUUUUUUAACAAUGCUGAUAUUUAAGUUCCAAAUUAAGAACUGUUUUUUUUUUUUAUCUUAACCUCUUCAAACAUUUCAAUAAAGGUAAUUUCCUUGCCCCUGAAAAAA